CGCAAUUGAUCUCCUCUCUCCCUACCUGUUUGAUAGUUAGCAUGGUGGGAGCAGGGGCUUGCUAAAUAAUAGAAAGUCUUCUAAUAACAUGCCCAUGAAAUAAAAAUUACGGGGUGUUUUUGGAGUUUUAGUGUGUGCGAACAACUCACUUUCCGAUGAUGUUUUCGUCUGCUUGGAAUUUUGUUAAACGCCACAAAAGGAAAAUUAUUUUCACCGGAGUUGUAGUUGGAGGAGUGUACUUCCUGGGUAAAUAUGCCCAGAAGAUGAUCAGGGAGAUGCAGGAGAAGGAGGCGACAGAGUGCAUCACUCAGGCCAGAAGGCAGUUCCACUUCGAAAGCAACCAGAGGACCUGCAACAUGACCGUGCUGUCCAUGCUGCCCCCUCUGAGAGAAGCCAUCAUCAAGCAGCUCAGCUCGGAAAGUCUCACUGCACUACUCAAGACCAAGCCAGCAAACAAGCUGGAGAUCUGGGAAGAUUUAAAGAUCAUCAGUUUCACCCGAACCAUUGUCGCAGUGUACAGCACCUGCAUGCUGGUGGUUCUGCUGAGAGUCCAGCUGAACAUCAUUGGAGGUUACUUGUACCUAGACAACUUUGUGGGAAAGAACGGGAUGACUGCUCAGACUCCCCCAGACGUCCAGCAUCAGUACCUGUCUAGUAUCCAGCAUCUACUUGGAGAUGGUCUGACAGAGUUGAUGACAGUGGUGAAGAAAGCAGUGCAGAACUCUCUAGGAGGGCUGUCUCUGAAGCAGAGUCUGUCCCUGCUGGAGUGUGAGCAGCAGCUGAGUUGGAUCCGAGCUGAGGUGGAGGCUGGUUCGGGGCGCCCGCUGUCCUGGUACAUGCUGGCUGACGACGAGAACGCCCUCGCUGACCAGGCGUGUGGGCUGACAGAAAAUGAUGUUAUGACCAUCAAACUGUUAAACGAGACCAGAGACAUGCUGGACAGCCCAGAUUUCACCACUGUCCUCAGCGCUUGUCUCGACCGCGGUUUCUCUCGUCUCCUUGACAACAUGGCUGAGUUCUUCCGUCCGCAACCCGGUGACUGCGCCCCCAGCUCUGCACCUGAUAGUCUGUCUGUAGUCAGUCUGCCGCUGGCCAAGAUCAUCCCCAUCAUCAACGGUCAGAUCAACACCAUCUGCAGUGAAACUCCCAGCCACUUUGUUCAGGACCUGCUGCUGAACGACCAGGUGAAGGAGUUUGCGGCCAAUGUCUACGAGACCUUCAGCACAUCACACGAGCUGCAGAAAUAACCAGCCAAUCAGGAACAGAAGAAGAGUGGUGUGGGAUGAAAACCAGAAAAGAUCAAACCUCUGUAGUGUUUAUCCCACAUCCUCUCUCUGAGGCACUUUUCUCCACAGCAUCCUACAGCUUGUGGUGAAAACGUGCACAACAAAACAUUCACAGCAGCGUCUGUGUCCCCUCUGUGGAAAGCGCCAUGAUGGAUUAUUAAACCAGUUGAGGAAAAAGAGACCUGCACUGGGUUUGUAGUCGCAGCAGGGCCUGUGAUAAACCCUGGGAGCACAGCAUCAUGGGAACUGGAGUCGUAUUAAACCUGGUAAUCUUUUAAUUUACCCUGAGAUGUGGGAAAUGAGCGGGGAAACACUGAAACCAUCAGAAAGUGCAGCGAGGGAUCAGAGUUGGCUGUCCCCUCGUUUGUCAGCAGCGGUGAGUGUGUGUUCGGUCUGCGCGGUGGCUGUGGGCUUCCACGUCAGAAGGGUUCACAAUUUGUAAGGUUAAUUAUGUAGUCACUGCUGCAGUUCAUCAGGGCUGGAUUCUCAGUCGGCAAAAUCUUGUUUUGCAUCAAACCAUCAAUCAUCAUUAUUAACAAACCAACAAAAAAAAUCACCAGAAAUUAAAAGACUUAAACAUGAUCUGAAAAACCCAGUUGAGAGACCAGUCUGUACAUUUUCAGUGUAGUUCCUGUUUGGCCUAGUAGGUGUCACUGCUGUUCAGCUGUCGUGGGAGCCACCUGUACUCGUCCUUUCAUAUCACACCAACACAUUCAUUUAUUGUCUCCUGUUUAAUUCAAAUGACGUCCACUAGUUUACUCAGCACUCAUUUUUUUUAAGAGUCAGUGCCAUUGGUAAUCUUUUUCUCCCAGUCUUUGGAGUUAAAUCCUUUAACUGGGAGAAGAGUGUUUCCCUCAACUCAUUCAGUUUGAUGGUUUUGGUUUGUUUCUUGUUCUUACUGAAUUUGUAUGAAUGUGAUUUCCAGAAGAGCUGAAAAGAUUUUACAGUUUUUUUGUGUCAUAAUUACAGGUAAUACUGCAGCUAACAAUGUUUUUAUUGUCAGUUAAUCUACAGGUUGUUUUUUCAAUCAGUGGUUUAUAAGAUGUGAUUUAAAAAAAAAAGCCUUUUUUUUAAGAACCUAGAAACGGCGACUAUUUUGAUAUUUUGCUUAAAAAAGU